UAAUUAUAACGAACAAGAAGGAUUUAAACAAGCAAACAAGAUAUAUUGACAGGCAUAGGGAUAUAUGGUCAUGAUAUUCGAAGACCACCAGUAAAAAGAUUAGGACCAUGAUUUUGUAAUAGCGCCAUUGAACAACCUCUUCUAACGUGAAAAGAUUGUUCGACAAAAAAAGAAGAAGAUUGUUACCAUUUGGAUCUCUCUAGUUCUUUCUUUACAGAGUCCAUAUUUUACUCAAUGACAUACUUUUUAAUAAAUAAAUUAUUUUAAUUUUUGAAGAUUGGAGGCUUAAGUUCUUAAUAUUUUAAUAAUUAGCUAAAUCUCAAAACAAGACCUACCAUGUGCUAAAACCACAAAAACAAAUUUGCCAAUAGGUUUAAACAAAUAUAAACGGUAAAGCUUUUUCUUGGAAGUAAUGUUAAUUUCUUCCUUCCUUCUAUUAAACUUUUCAUUAGCAAGUGGAAAGAUUACUGCAUUAAGAAAAGGUAGUUGGCCACAUGAGGAACAUCUAGAAUGACAUAUUUUUGAAGAUUGUGGAAUAUUUCAUUACAAGCGGGAUUUAAUUAAUUAUUUGGAUAACUUAUUUAGAGUUGUUCUCUUGAAGGGGGAUGAGUAACAAAGAUAGAAGCAAUGGAGAAAAAGGAAACGAUGAGAAGGAUAGUGUUAGUCCCAGUUCCAGCACAAGGGCAUGUAACUCCAAUGAUGCAACUCGGAAGAGCUCUUAACUUAAAGGGAUUUUCAAUUACAGUUGUUCAAGUACAAUUCGAUCUAGUAAGCUCUUCUUAUUCACAACAGUUCCCUGGUUUUCAAUUUGUCACAUUACCAAAAAGCUUGCCAAAGUAUGAAGUCGAGGGACUAGGACAAAUUGAGUUUAUGAUGAUGCUCAACAAAACGAGUGAGGCAAGCUUUAAGGACUGUAUAGGUCAGUUGUUUCUGCAACAUGGCAAUGAUAUUGACUGUAUCAUCUACGACGAGUUCAUGUACUUCUGUGGAUAUGUAGCUCAAGAGUGCAAGCUUCCCAGUGUUAUAUUCAGCACUCAAAGUGCUACAAAUCAUGUCUCACGCUGUGUUUUUAGCAAACUCGAUUCAGACAAGUUUUUGAUCGACAUGAAAGAUCAUGAAAAACAAGAAAAGGUGGUGGAGAAUAUGUAUCCGUUAAGAUACAAAGACCUACUACCUUCAGGGUUUGGGCCAGUAGAGCCAGUUUUGAAGAUCCGUGUGGAAGUAGUCAACAAAAGAACAGCUUCGGCUGUUAUCUUCAAUACAACAAGUUGUCUAGAGAGCUUAUCCGUGUCAUGGCUGAAACAAGAACUUGGAAUUGAAGUGUACGCAUUAGGACCUCUUCACGUUACACCUUCACCACCUUCUAGUUUACCGGAAGAGGACAAGGGCUGCAUCGAAUGGCUAAACAAGCAGAAAUCGAGGUCAGUCAUAUACAUAAGCGUGGGAACCGUAGCUCAAAUGGAAACUAAGGAAAUUUUGGAGAUGGCUUGGGGACUUUGUAAUAGCAACCAACCUUUUCUAUGGGUCAUUCGACCAGGCUCUAUCCUUGGAUCAGAAGGGAUAGAGGCAUUGCCAAACGAAGUCAGUAAGAUUAUCUCAGAAAGAGGAUACAUUGUUGAACGUGCACCACAGAUAGAAGUUUUGAGACAUCCUGCAGUGGGAGGGUUUUGGAGCCACUGUGGAUGGAACUCAACACUCGAGAGCAUUGUGGAAGGAGUUCCAUUGAUUUGUAGGCCUUUUCAAAGCGAGCAGAAUGUAAACGCAGCAUACAUAGUAAGUGUUUGGGAAGCAGGGAUUCAGCUGGAAGGUGAAGUAGAAAGAGGAAAGGUGGAGAGAGCUGUGAAGAGGUUGAUUGUGGAUGAAGAAGGUACAGGGAUGAGGGAGAGAGCACUUGUUUUAAAAGAAAAGCUCAAAGCCUCUCUGAGAAGUGGAGGUUCUUCAUACAAUGCUUUGGAUGAGUUCGUCAAUUACUUGAAGACAAAGUAGAGAUGAUGAACUUGAUCUAUUACUAAAGACCAUUGAUCAUAUUGAAUUAUAUAUUUGGAUCAACCUUGAUAUUGUAAAAUCCGCGGAGCAUAGUUUUUUUCUUUUUUUUUUAAAUAAAAACCAAUUGAAAUACGGUUUUCAUCUAUAUGUUUCUUAUUUUCCAAAUACAAUUUUGUGAGUUUCUAAAAGUAUCUGGAUAAUCUAUACAAAAAAAUUGUACAUGAUCAAGUUUGACUCUGUUUUUGGCUUUUUAGAAAUACUACCCUAUAGAUAUUGAGUAUAUUGGACAAGGUUGGUGAGUUGACUUGGAGGCUCGCUAUGCAUAGUCAUGUUUCUUUCCAGGCAAAUAAAGUGGAUUGCAGCUUGAAAUACAACAUAAUAGAAAAGGCUGCAACUUGUCUAGUGGGGAAAUCAACAAACACUUCCAUGAUCAGUCCCAAUGUGUUGUGUACUGUAAGCCGAGUAGUUUAAUUUCUAGUCAGGCUACUCAGUACUCUUCCGUGUAUUUACUUCCAUUGUAAAAAGAAAAAAAAAAGAUUACUUCCAUUGUGCAAAGUCCUUUUUAUCAUGUUUUUUAAAGAACAGCUGUUUAUCAGAAAAGUAAACAGCUCUUCCCCGACCAAAAUGAUUUUUUUUUUCUUUCCAAAAUGAUUCUUUUGUUUAACAAACUGUCUAAAUAUAAAAUUUGAUGGUCUUAAACACAGCCUAUCAUCUGAACAAGUUUGGUAAUUAGCAAGUUGAUGAGUUUCAACUAUGCUUUUGUUAUUUGAUCUUACACUUCUUUAUUGAUUUAUUUUUAUCUCUUGCUUUUUUGUGUAAAUUGGUAAUUUCAUUUAUUCAAUCAUUUUGUUUUUGCUAAUUGAAUUCUUAGGGCUCUUUUCCCCUCUUGCUUAUUGUAAAAUUCUUUAUUGGGUUAGGCAGGAUGGGGACCAGUUCUGAACCAACAUCAACAUGAUCAUGUAUUUAUUGAAGAUCAGUUAAUUUAUUGAUGAUUAGAGUUCUUAUAAUAAAUUCGAUCCAGCAAACUUUUGCUCUUUCGGGUCAAACAUCAGAGUGGGCAUAAAAACCAAUUGGAUACCCUCCAAAAAUAUGA